AUCCAAAUUGCUUUUCAUGUCUCUGAUCUUAUCCUCUAUCUUUGUCUUUUCUUUCAAAAUAAAAUAUGGCAUAACUUUGUCUCCCUCGCGCCGGGCCGCCGCCGCUGCCGCCUUCUCAGCCGUCGAGAAAUAUCGCCAUAGCCAGCAAACUGUUACGGUUCAGUUUCAUAACGAACUCUGGAUGGUGAUGGCCUCUCAGGAAUCCCAACCAUACCACUGGCACUACACCGAGUUCGACGACAGGAACUUCCAAAUCAGCGGCCGGACCUUUUUCUCCGUCGUCGUCCUCUUCUCCAUAAUCAUCCUCCUCAUCACCCUCCUCCUCAUCUACGCCCGCUGGGUCUGCUCCUUCCGCCGUCUGCCCACUGGCGCGGCGCCGCCCCCGCCGCCUCAACCUCAAGGCCUCGACGCAGCCACGAUUAGCGGCUUGCCGAUCAAAUUGCACCACUCAUCCGCCACAACAACGUCCAUCGGCGAGUGGGAGUGCUGCAUAUGCCUGGGCAUAUUCCAGGACGGUGAGAAGGUGAAAGUUUUGCCCAAAUGCCACCACUGCUAUCACUCCGAGUGUGUCGACAAGUGGCUGAGCUCUCAGUCGAGUUGCCCACUCUGCCGAUCUUCUCUGCGAGCCCGCUCUCCUGUUUGACUCGCUCAGUAGAAUUGAUUCAUUUUUAUAUUUAAUUAUUUCGCAUUGCUCGUUUGUUUUUAUAUUCGAGUUGAAGAGUGAUGAAAGGUCAUGUUUAUAUAUAUGCAUUCUUCCUUCGUGUAUAGAUUAGAUUGGGUAAAGCAACCUCGUGAUUAUGUAGUUUCUAGAACAGGAAAAAGAAAUGAUCGAAACAAGAAGAGCCAAGCCAAGGGGUAGUUUGUAAUGUAUUCAAGUGUCAUGGUUCAUAAAUCACCCUUCAAGGCGUUACUGCUGGCUAGCUGCAGGGGUCACCACCUGUUUGAUGAAUUUCCUGAAUGAUUUUGGCUUUUGCUUCUCACGCCCUCAGCCCCGUUUGGCAGCAAGUGUACGCCUGCUUUGAAAUGCAAUAAACAAGGCGUUGUGUAAAUUUUAAAGCUCGUCAAUUCAAUUUACGUUAGGUGCAUUGGAGGUGUAUUUAACAGAGUAGUUUGGUACGCUUAGUUAGUUCAAGUAUUUUGUAAAAUAAUUAUAAUUAGAAAUCAAUUUAAAUUAAUUAAUUUA